GCGCCGCGGGCUGCGCGGUGAGCGGGGGUGGGGGCGCCUUGGCCGGGCUGCGGGUGGGAGCCGCUCCGCUCUGACGCCCCCACCCCUCCAGGUCGGCGGUAGUUGCUCCGCGCGCCCGGCCGCUGCCCACAUGGCUCUGAGAGGCGUCUCCGUGCGGCUGCUGAGCCGCAGACCCGGCCUGCGCGCCCUGCGCGCCUGGGGCUCGGCGGCGGCGCAGACCGAGAAGGGCGGGAAGACACAGAGCCGACCGGCCAAAUCCUCGCGUCCGGAGUUUGACUGGAGGGACCCGCUGGUGCUGGAGGAGCAGCUGACAGCGGAUGAGAUCGCCAUCAGGGACACCUUCCGCACCUACUGCCAGGAGCGCCUCAUGCCCCGCAUCCUGCUGGCCAAUCGCAACGAAGUUUUUCACCGGGAGAUCAUCUUGGAGAUGGGGGAGCUCGGUGUGCUGGGCCCCACCAUUAAAGGGCAUGGCUGUGCUGGAGUCUCCUCGGUCGCCUAUGGGCUGCUGGCCCGAGAGCUGGAACGGGUGGAUAGUGGCUACAGGUCGGCGAUGAGUGUCCAGUCCUCCCUCGUCAUGCACCCUAUCUACGCCUACGGCAGCGAGGAGCAGCAGCAGAAGUACCUGCCCCGGCUGGCCAAGGGGGAGCUCCUGGGCUGCUUUGGGCUCACAGAACCCAACCACGGCAGCGACCCUGGCAGCCUGGAGACCAGAGCCCGCCACAACCCCUCAGGCAGGAGCUACACCCUCAAUGGAACCAAGACCUGGAUCACCAACUCACCUGUGGCCGACCUGUUUGUGGUGUGGGCUCGGUGCGAAGACGGCUGCAUUCGGGGCUUCCUGCUGGAGAAGGGGAUGCGGGGCCUGUCGGCCCCCAAGAUCGAGGGCAAGUUCUCCCUCCGGGCCUCGGCCACGGGCCUGAUCGUCAUGGACGACGUGGAGGUGCCGGAGGAGAACGUGUUGCCCAACGCGUCCGGGCUGGCGGGUCCCUUCGGCUGCCUCAACAACGCCCGCUACGGUAUCACCUGGGGCGUGCUUGGAGCCGCCGAGUUCUGUCUGCACACGGCUCGGCAGUACACCCUGGACAGAAUCCAGUUUGGCGUCCCAUUGGCCAGGAACCAGCUGAUUCAGAAGAAGCUGGCGGACAUGCUCACUGAGAUCACGCUGGGCCUUCACGCCUGCCUGCAGCUCGGCCGAUUGAAGGAUCAGGACAAGGCCACGCCAGAAAUGAUCUCCCUGCUGAAGAGGAAUAACUGUGGGAAGGCCCUGGACAUCGCGCGGCAGGCCCGAGACAUGCUAGGGGGGAAUGGCAUUUCUGAUGAGUAUCACGUGAUCCGGCACGCCAUGAACCUGGAGGCCGUGAACACCUAUGAAGGCACUCAUGACAUUCAUGCUCUCAUCCUCGGAAGGGCCAUCACAGGCAUCCAGGCGUUCACUGCCAGCAAGUGAGCCCACGGCGCCCGGCCUUCCUGGGAGAUACCAUGCUCUGUGCCUUAAGGGAGGCGGCAGGGGGAGCCAGUGUGUAUGGUGGGAAGCGAGAGACGCUGAUUCUCAAAUAUCCAAACUCCCCUUUUGAAUCAUUCAAGUGUGCUCCUUAGAAAGAAGAUGGGACUCUGUACCGAGCUUCUCAAUCCGCUUUUACCCGCGGAUGGGAACGGACUCCACUCACCUUGGCGCAGGAGCUUCUCGUGAUGAGGGGGCAGGGAGAGGGAAGGCAGGACACGGACCAACUGUGAGACCCACCUGGUGUCUGACCCAGCAAACUCCCCCCACCCACCAGGAGUUCCCUGUGCGCCCCCUUGACCCCCCAUCUGGGGGUGAGUGCCUUAUGCCGGAUGUUGGAGCACAACGAGGGGGAGAGAGAGUAAUAAAGGGUCUGUGUGUCUGCCCCGCA